AGUAACCAAACACAUUGCCGCAACUGGUAGGAAGGCCUCGAAUGCGUUUCGGCGCGUCCAGCCGCUCCCAACUUACGAACCACGAUGGGCAGCGAAGCCAGCUAGUUUAUAACGUAUACGAGGAACAGCGCGCCCAUAUAACCCGCAAUUAGCUUUACAGCCAUGUAUUCCGUAGUUCCGUAGGCCCAGCAACCGUUGCUUCUGAGAGAAGGCCUGCUUCACGUUCACACACGCUCCGUAAGCUUGUUCAAAUAUUUCAAGCGGUCGGCGAGUAGCUUGCCACCACAAACGCAACAUCCACACAGCUCGCUUCUGCUGCUCAGCGCUCGCAGCGUUCCGUUGAAGCGUGGCGACUGACCACCCCCAUUCGUGCCUAGGGUAGUGCCAACAGUAAUAGUAUGGCCGACGACCAUAAAUUGGAGAGCAUGCCGCACGCUAUCCAUAUCACACAUAACAAGGUCGGCGCGGAGCCAAGGUCAGGCGCCGUCCCGCACCCCGACCCGGCGCAUCUAUCGAAGCCCAGCCAGCCAUGGCAGCCCUACGAGUGCGCCUAUACUGAGACAACCGUUCCACUGGCGAGGGCGAUGCCCUUCAAGUUCUACAAGUGGCGCUGGAUGGCGCUCAACCCCUUCCACCGCCGCAUUGGCGUGUUCCCGCUGGUCGGGCCCGUCACGUGGGGCGAGCUCAUCGUGCUGCUGGCGGCGCUGGCCGCGGCGGCCGGCUGGGCGGCGGGGCAGUGGGGACAGGUCAGCUCAGGCAACGUGGCGGUAAUGUUCCUCAUCAUCGCCUAUGUGCUGGCCACCCGCAACAAUGCCGUCACCUUCCUGCUGGGGCUGUCGCAUGAGCGGGCCAUCGCCUGGCACGGCAUGGCGGCGGCGGCGGCGGUGGGGCUGGCGCUGUACCACGGACUCAUUGAGCAGCUGAGCUGGGGCGGGAACGAGGACGCUGAGGAGGAUGACCUCGGAUCGUACUUCGUGACUGGCUGGAUCGGCUUUGGGCUGAUGGCGGCGCUGGUGGGGACCUCUGCCAGCCGCGUCCUGCGGCAGUACCUUUGGAACACGUGGCAGAUGCUGCACUGGGUGCUGUUGAUCGCCGUGUUCGUGGUGGUGACCAUCCACAGCGCCGCCGCCGUGCUCAUCGGCGCCGGCGUGUGGGCCUUCGACCUGUUGCUGCGCUGGGUCUACCAGGCCGGCCUUCAGAACCCGCACAUGGUGGAGAUCGUGGCACUGCCGUCCGACGUGGUGCGUGUGUCGUGGGACCCCGCCGACUUCAGCUACGCGGGUGGGCAGUACGUGUUUAUCAAUAUCCCCGGCAUAUCCUGGAUGGAGUUCCACCCCUUCAGUCUCAGCAGCGCCCCCGGCGAGAACCGCGUGCACCUGCACGUGCGCGUGCUGGGCGACUGGACGCGGCGCCUGCACACCCUUGCCAGCAAGGACGUGACUCCCGGCCAACCCAAAAUGGUCAAGGCAUUCAUUGAGGGCCCCUUCGGCUCACCCGCCAUUGAUCUGUACGGCGAGCGCUUUAAGGCCUUCCUGCUGAUCAGCGGCGGCAUUGGCGUGACGCCCGUGCAGUCGUUCUUCAACCACCUCAUGGCGCAGCGCACGCGCGGCCGGCCCGUGCGCCUGGCGCACCUGGUGUGGAGCGUGCGCGACAGGGCGCUCGUCACAAGUGUGCUGGGCUACGACGACGUGUACGCCUCCGAGCACCUGCCCGCCAGCCUGCCGCUGUCCUUCCAGCCCGACCUCAUCUCGCCCAACCAGUACGCAGACGGCCGCAACAUCGGCCCGCAGCCUGACACGCCCUACGCGCCGCCCACCCCCGCCGGCGGCCAGGUGCCCAUGACGCCGCUGGCGCAGUACUCGACCAUGAAGAAGAGCGACAUGGCGCACGCCACCUCCACCACCGCCCUGGUCGACAUGGAGCGCGGCAUUGGCACCAGCAGCAACGGCGGCGCUGCUGCGUCAGGCGCGGGUGACUUCAUUGCGACCGAGUUCUACCUGACACAGGCGCGCACGGAGGCCGCUUCUGCCAAGGCCAACAUCCGGCCGGAGCUGCAGCCGGCGCUGCGCAUGGGCCGCCCCGACCUGCCCAAGCUGUUUGAGGAGACGGCCAAGCGCGCCGAGUUCCUGCAGCUCAAGGACGUGGCUGUCUACGUGUGCGGGCCGUCGGUCAUGGUGGCUGAGGCGGAGAAGCUGGCGGCGGCCAAUUCCACAUGGAGCGGCGUCACGUUCCACGUGCACUCGGAGGUGUUCCAGUUCUAAUCCCCCCAGGUUCUAAAUGCCUCCGGUGCCAGAUGCCUCUGGUGGAUGCAGCACGCACCUCUCCAGGAUUGCGCCGACUGCAUGAGGGUCGUGCAGGACAGCAGGUUUCUCUCGAGAGGAGCAGGGGUGUGCAUGGGCACUUGGGAAGGGCAGUGCUGCAGCUGGGGCUGCUGAAGAAAUGCUUUCACAUUGCCACGAGGAAGCAAGCACCUUCCCGGUCACACCCAGUAGGGAGGUACAUCUGGAGGUACAUGUUGCUCCUGCCAAGGGAUAGCCUGCCAAUGGAAUACUAUCACCACUGAAAGGUAUCCAAAUUCUGGAGCAUUGCUUGACGGGCAAGGGGCAACGACCGGAAUCAUGUGCAUUGGCCAUUGCGCAUGUGGUUUGGGAUGCUACACUUUGCUGGAAUCAAGAGGGCGGGGAGAGCGUGUGAUACAUUCGCUUCCAUUCUGAGAGGCAUGUUGGAAGUAGGGCGGAUCAGCCUUGCCAGACGACUAGGAAUGUGUAGGGAUGGAGUGAGUCACGCGCGCACGCGGUCAAGACAAUGGUAGGGUGCAGGCUGCCAUUCAUAUCAUAUUCGCCCGUUGGUUGAUGCUUUACGCUCGUGAGCAACAACAUUUGUUUGGAUACGCAUUGUCUGGUGUGUGAGGGGUGUGGUGUGUGAGGGGUCGAUGCAUAUCUCAUGACGCAUUUGCAGAUGGCAUCAAGCACAUACUUGGGGUUAGUAAGCGCAUCAAGUGUGCAGUGAGUAGAGUUCCCGUGCUUUCAAUCUACAUAGUACUUGCCAACUUAGCAUUGGUUUACCAUGCGUUCUCCUGCUCUGGAGGACCAUGCACGUUUUGUGUGGCCAUAGCUGUGUUCAGCUUUAAGCGUCCCGUUGAAGGUGAACGUGGUCACGACUUAAGUUGAUGCAUGGGCAUUGGCCUGGCCGUUGCGCCCUAGCGCAAUAGUCUAGCGCGUGUAUGAUAUCCCUGCUGUGGGACAGACGCUCUUGGUUAUAGCUGGACCGGACGCUUGCCUUUAAACGAAGGCACGCAGCAUCCAGAGGCGUGGAUGUUGUAUACAGUAACGCAAUACCGUACACAAUGGCUGGCCUGUAAACCCCGCUGUAAUUUGCGCUGUAAACGUCUUGACCA